AUGGGACCGCAGGAGUUCAGACGCCAGCUUCAUCGUCAACUUGCCCGAGAUCGAGAUCUUGGAUUCGAACAGCUGCAUGUCUAUGGUCGGACAGGAUACCUCAUGAAAGCCACCCUCCUUUCGCGCGGAUACACUGUGAUCAUUAAAGCCACGACUGUGGAGAAGCAGCAUCGCCUCCAAGCGGAAGUGGACAAUUAUCACCAUCUCAGGAGCUUGCAGGGACAACACAUCCCCGUCUGUCUUGGGGACUUUAAGCCUCGCGUUGCAUAUUGGUACCACGGCGAAUUAAUGGCCCAGAUGAUGAUCUUGAGCUGGUCAGGAACGCGGCUCCAACAUGUCAUCAAUGAUGGGAAUUCUAGUUUCUUCCACCAAGAGCGCGACAAAGCUCUGGCUGUGCUCCGGUCGCGCGGAGUUAUCCACUGCGACAGUGAGUGGCGUAAUAUGCUGUGGGAUGACCUGAGUGGCCGUCUGGUCGUCAUUGACUUGGAGGAUGUGAAAUGGUUGAAGCGCCCUAGGGCCCUUGAAUCUAUGUCUGGCAAUACACGGCGUGCUCGUGUCAGAGCAAUGAAAUAUAACCCUGACUUGGAAAAGGUGGAAAAUUUGUGA